AUGAGACUUGGCUGUGUACUGUUAUCGCUGACGGUUUUGACCGUAUCCUUGUCACCGGAAACAACCAGCCUCAAACCCCCUGCACAAGCUUCUCUACCAGUAUCGUCACCGACAAGACCUGCUGUCAGUUCUACCAGUAAAACUACGCCGCAUACAACUUUAAAACCAAGAACUACUAAAAAGUCAACUGCUUCGAACAAAGAGCGCAAAGAUCCAAAUUGCCCAUUUGGAUCACCAUUGAAACCAACUACUGGAUGCUCGAACCAACACGAAUGUCAAACUUCAAUGAAUUUGAAUGCAUAUUGCUCACCAAAGGAAAUAUGUUGUCAGGAGACAGAAGGGGGAAAUCAGUCAUUAUGUUAUGAUAGAAGACUACCACUUUUUGGAGAGCCUAAGUGUAAAACUAAUUCAGAUUGCUAUUAUGCAGGCGGCAUUUGCAAAUCAGAGCAUUGCUGUCCGAAUUUUCACUACAUUACCAACGAGCCGCUUCGACCUCCAACUCACUUUUACACAAGUAAUUAUUCGUGUGAGCCAGGAGAUCCAAUUCCCUCUGGAUUUCAUUUCGCCUAUUGUUCGAAUGUCUCCAAAACAAUUGCUUAUUUGGGUGUCGUUGACAGUUGUGGUUACAUUUAAAAAAUCGUUAAAGAAGCCAAAUGCCGAAAGGACUCUGAUUGUUAUUCAGGAUAUAUUUGUGCCUGGAUUGUGGAUGGUGGAGUGUGUUUCAGGAAUCCGGAGCUUUGUUCAGUAUACUUAUCAUAUUACCAUGUUGUAUUUUCAUUCACAUUUGCGUCUCUUCUCUUCAUGCUCCUCUACUUUUUAUCAAAAGCAAUUUAUGAGUAUCCAGAGAAAUUCAGCAAAAUGCUUCCAUUUUUGGAAUGGCAACUAUUCGAUGUGACAUUGAAAAGUCAAGAAAAAGCAUUGGAAAUCUAUAAACCAACGGAAAUGUCGCCAGAUCAGAUUAAAAAUAUUCUAGAAAUUGUGGAAAGGAAAGCAUGGAAAGAAGAGGAAAAAUCGAUGAGAAAGUCAGGUUUCGAGUAUGUACUUAAUUGGUUCGGUUAUAUGGUUGAUGACUCUGAAGAUGAAAAAGAUGAUGAUGAGCUGUUCCAGGGAGGAUAA